AUGGGCUUUUUCUUUGCAAGAAGGGAUAUUGAUAGAGGGAAGGAGAUCAGAUAUGACUAUGGUGAUCCCAUGCCCAAUGGACAAUCUUCCUUGGAGUUCAUCACUCAUCAGUCCACAUUUAAAACAAGAAUUGUGGAACUAAAUAGUAAAUAUUGGAGUGAAAAUAUCAAAACGAGAGUUGUUGGAGACAAGCUUGUUUUUCCCAAUGGGUCUGUUUACCGAGAUAAAGUAAAUACACCAAAACCAGAAGAAAUUUUACAAAUUGACCAGAAUGAACAGCAGAAGCUAGAGGAAAUCGAAGUUAAACGCGCCAACACUCUCUCAGAAUCAGGAAAUCAAAUUAGCGCAGCUGCAGUUGAGGUAGAGACAUAUGCAAAAGUUCGGAACUUCUAUAGGAAAAUUUCCAUGGAUCCAGUUUAUGGGCGUGCCAAUCACAAUAUACUGGUAUACCGUUUUAAAGACAAUUCUGGGACUAUACAUGACCGAUACUGUGAUGACGGCGAAUUUGGAGCUGGAAGGAAAAUGCUUAAAAUUCUGCAAGAUCAAAACUUGACAAAUGUGUCCGUUGUGAUAUCGCACAUGAUGGGAAAGCAUCUUGGUCCGAAACGCUUCGAUAUAAUGGAAAAAGCGUUAUUUGACACCCUCAAAGAACUUUUGUAG